AUGGCGUCACCAAGCAGUUUCGAUAUAUCGGAUUUCAUUUUCGAUGCAGCGGACCUUAAUUUCACUCCGAACGGUGCACAAGCGAUCUCAACUGUUCCGGAGGCGGAAAUUGACGAUGCGCUUUCUUCGCCGUCUCCUUUUCCUAGCGGCCCCACAGGGGCCCUAGAUUCUUUCUCUCCGUUCCAUCAAGGGAGGAGGAAACCUGACGUGGAGGACAUCCACAAGCAGGCGCACACGUCCGGGCGCAGCCUGCAGAGAUGCAGCAAUUCGAGUAGCGAUGUUCCCAGAGCCGCUGCAGCGGUAGACGAGUUGCAGGAGCAACUCGAUCUUCUUCACCUCGCUCCAGAGGAAGUCGGAGCCAAUUUUCAAUUCGGCCAGGGGCCCUCCGAAACCGUCGAUGUCUCCGUCGCCACGCCAGGCUCGUCGCCCGGACAUCCAGAAACAGAUGACUCCCCCGGUUCUGGGGAGGCAGACGAAAGUUGCCACAACAAAUGCGAGGCUGGAACUCCGAAUGGCACGCAUGCGAUUGACAGGGGCGAACACGGAGCGGGUGUGCACGGUGAACUCGAUCGUGGAGAAAAGACGACGAAGGACGUCCCUGAACACGCAUGCAGCUAUUGUGGUGCCAGCUCUCCAGAGUGUGUCUUGAAAUGUUGCUGCUGCAACAAAUACUUUUGCAAUAGCCCCUGCAGUGUCAGCGGCAGCAGUAUGGGUUCCCAUAUCAUCUUCCACCUGGUCAAAAGCCGACACAGAGAAGUCAUGCUUCAUCCCGAAGGGCCGCUCGGUGACUGCACUCUAGAAUGUUUCCAGUGCGGGAGUCGCAACGUUUUCCUUCUCGGCCUCAUCCCUGCGGAACAAGAAGGCGUUGUCGUCCUCAUAUGUCGGGAACCAUGCCUGUCUAGCAGCGCUCUGAAGCAGAGUGGAUGGGACCUCUCUCAGUGGCAGCCGUUGAUUGAGGGCAAAUCAUUUCUUCCCUGGCUCGUGCGGCCAACGCUCACGGCGGACGAACGACGCGACUGCCACGUUGUCACUACACAGCAGCUUCAGCGUCUGGAGGAACUUUGGCAGAAGAAUCCUCAAGCGACUCUCGAGGAGCUCAGUCAAACGAAAGAAGAAGCGCCACUUCCUUCCGUGAAGUUGGUCUACGAAGACGGCUUCGACUAUCAGCGAACAUUCGCGCCUCUCGUGCAGGCAGAAGCGGAUUUCGACAAGCAAAUGAAGGACGGCCAGAAGCUCGUGAGAGUCAAACUGAGGUGGGAACAAGGCCUGAACCGCCGACGCCUUGCCUACUUCAUGUACGCCCGAGACGAAGGGUGCAACGUUCGCGUAGCAGCGGGGGACGAGGUGAAGAUUUCGACGAUGCUGCCAAAAUCCGUUCUAGCCGCUUCCUCUGCCCCGGCGACUUCCAGCGGAGCCGGGUCGCAGGGGUCGGGGGGUGCGCAUGGCCAUGACGCGACAAGUCCGAACGGCACGAGUGACGGCGGGGCCAGAGGAGGGCUCGAAGGAGACGCGAAUCUGGUCGAGUGGAGUUGCACUGGCAGUAUAACGCGUUUCUCGGAGGACAGUGAGGAAGUCAUUGUGGAAGUUAAAAAGCCGCCGAACGUGAAGGGAGCGUGGGACAGCCCGGUGCCGCUGUUGUACACCAUCGAAUUCGUGUGGAAAAGCACAUCCUUCGAGCGCAUGCAGGCGGCGCUGCGCCAGCUCGCAGUAGAUGAAAUCAGCGUGAGCAGUUACCUGUACCACACGCUGAUGGGGAAGCAAAUGGAGCACCAGAUCAUUCAGACGCCGAUGCCCUUGCAGAUUUCGGCGCCCAACCUGGCUCCGUUGAACCCGAGUCAAAUGCUGGCCAUUCGCUACGCACUGCAACACCCGCUGUCGCUCAUUCAAGGCCCGCCGGGGACGGGAAAAACGUUGACGUCCAGCACGCUCGUCUACCAGAUGGUGAAACUGAGUGAGAUGGGUUCUCACGUGCAUCCACGCGGCACAGGCGGCUUCAAUAAGGACGGAGGCCAGGUGCUCGUUGUCGCUCCCAGCAACGUUGCUGUGGAUCAGUUGGCCGAAAGAAUCAAUCGGACAGGUCUCAAGGUCAUUCGAAUGUACUCAAAGUCUCGCGAAGGCGCUGCCUCGUCGCUCACUUCUUUCUGCAUGGAGCACCUGGCGCUCCACAAAAAGGUUCUCGAGCUCAAGACCGCGGGCAGCGAUGAGAUGGCAAAGUAUCUCCAGCUGAAAGAACAAACCGGCGAGCUAGCAGCCGCUGAUGAGCGGCGUUUGCGCCUUUUGAUCUCCCGGGCAGAAAUGGAAAUCCUGCAGACUGCGGACGUUAUCUGCACAACUUGUGUCGGCGCAGGAGACAAUCGCCUGCAGGGGUUUCGUUUUCGCCAGGUCGUCAUCGACGAGGCCGCCCAAGCCACCGAGCCCGAGUGUCUGAUUCCGAUCGUCCUGGGUGCAAAGCAGGUUGUGUUGAUAGGGGACCACUGCCAACUUGGCCCGGUUGUGUUGAGCAAGAAGGCGGCGGCUGCUGGCUUGGCAACGUCUCUCUUUUCUCGUCUCCUGGCGCUCGGUCACCGACCCUUGCGGCUCAAGGUUCAGUAUCGCAUGCAUCCUGCCCUCUCGUUCUUCCCUUCAUAUUUCUUCUACGAGGGCGAACUUCAGAAUGGCGUGACCAUGACGGAACGGACCUACUUUCACCGAGGGCCUGGGGAACAUCGGUUCCCCUGGCCCAGCGAGGAGCGACCGAUGUUCUUCUACCACUCGACCGCAUCGGAAGAGAUCAGCGGAUCAGGGACUUCCUACGUCAACAGGGUCGAGGCGAGCAACAUCGAGAAGAUCGUCACUUUUCUCCUCAAAUGCGGUCUGAAAGCGUCGCAGAUCGGUGUCAUUACACCGUACGACGGGCAGCGGGCUCACAUUUCGUCGCUGUUUCAGCGGCAGACAACCCUCGGGCAAGCAGCCUUCGCCGACCUGGAAGUCGCUUCAGUCGACGCAUUCCAGGGACGAGAGAAAGACUUCAUUCUUCUCUCGUGUGUCCGGUCCAACAGCAACACCGGAAUUGGUUUCCUCGCGGACUCGCGGCGGUUGAAUGUGGCCAUGACUCGGGCGAAAUACGGACUCAUCAUUUGCGGCAACGCGUCCGUCCUCGCAAACUACAUGCCCCGGGUAGCCCGUCCACCCGCGGGCUCGGCGUCUUUGCAAGGGAGCGGCGCGGCGGGCGCGACCUCAAACGCCCUCGGUCCUGGUGGAGUGGCAGUCGGUCCGGGGGCUGCCGCCCUUCCUGGAACGUUCGUUCCCGAGCCUCCCAUUUGGCGCCUGCUGAUUCACCACUACCUCAAGUACGACCUAGUUGUUGACGGACCUUUGAGCAAUUUGAAGCCAUCGAAAAUCCGCAUCACGCUCCCUCCGUUGACCCCGUUCGGGGCCCUGACUGCGCCGGGUGCCUCGGCGAAGGGCGGAAAGGGUGCAGGCGCUGCAAAGGCUGGGAAAGCGGCCGGCAAGACGAAGGCCGCGUCGAGAUACGUUGCCGCAGAGGAGCUUCUGGACUACGACCGCCAUGCGACGUCUUCUGGAUAUCUGCAAACCGUCCCCACUCCUGGAAGUCUCAACGCCGGACAGCCGAUCGUUUCUCCUGCCGCGUCGGCCUACAUUCCCAAUGGAGCCGGCGGCUACUAUUCUGCGCCUCCUCUUUACCCGAGUGCGGCCUUUGCGGCCCUGUUGGGGGCGGAUCGAGGCUUUCAGUCGCAGUCUCCCCUCCCGUCGUCGUCUCUGAUGGCUGCACAUGCCGCCACCAGCAGUGCCUUCUACUACCCCCCGAGCACAGGCGGCGCGCCGGUUUCAGCGGUGACAGCCUCUGCGGGAGCAGAUCAGACGCUGCGGGCUCCUGCGGCUUACUUCUCUGGGCGUGAUGGCGCGAAUGGACUGUCUUCCGGCGGUCCGGGCGCGAGCGCCGCUUCCGCAAGUUCGAGCAAUAGCAAUCUAAUGGGGGGCGCCACUGGGGGCGGAGGAGCCUUUGCUUCGCGAUCCCUUUCGUCCGCGGAGAAGGCUGCUGUGGGAACGGCGAGUGCAGGUGCCGGGAAGGGCGGAGGUCCGAGAGCCGCUCACAGAGACGCCAGAAACGAGGCGAGAGAGCGGACUGGAGAAGGCCCAGCACAGGCACUUCGAGCGUCUGACCUAGAUUUUGUAGACGGCCCCCGCGCUCGCUCUGCACCGAGACCAGGCCGAGCCGCGACAGUCGUGUCGGAACAGUUUGAUGAUGACUCGUUCACAUUCAUAGGCAGCCAGGUCGGGUUCUAA